AUGGAGGAUGGCCUUGAGGUUAACAUAGAUGAAUUUUUUGGUGAAGGCAGUACAUCGAUUCCAUCUUUUGGAGAUGGAGAAGGAUUUUCUUGGGCUGAUGACUUUAUCUCAUCUGCUGAAGGUGUUUUUCAAGAUAGGUCUUCAGCUUCUAUCACUACAACCACCAAUGUUCUGCCAUCCUCAAUUGCUCAAGUAUCUCAAAACCAUGUACCUCAAUCUGUAUCAACCACGGCUAAUGUUUCACAACAGCAAGUACGACAAACCAGUACAACAGUUAUUGGUACUGGUCAACAACCUAUGUUUGUACAACAGUUUCCAAAUGUUGUUAAUAUACCAGCUGGACAAGGUCAAGUUUCAAAUCCUGCUGGCUUACUUCAAGGGUGUUCAUUUCGUCAUGCCAAAUACAGAAAAAAAGGUUUUCACUCAGUGCCUCAGUUUAUCAUCAAAUCCUCCAGUACUGGACCAACACCUCCGGUACAAACCAUUCAGACUCAACCUUCACAACCAGUCCAACAGCUACCAAGAUCAAGUCCAGCUCCAGCUGCCUCACCAUUCUCAGCUAACUCUCCAUUAACAUCACGUAGUGUAACUCCUAGUUGUAGUCCAGCACCAGCCAUGUCUCCUUUAGUCUCGAGAUCGAUUACUCCUAUACAGACACCAACAUCUAUAGUUAGUGCUAAUAAUCUCAGUCGACCACCCAGUCACUCUGGUAGUCCAGCACCCAACUUUAAUAUGAUGCAGUUUAAUCAAAAUAAUAACAAUCUUCAGUCAAGGGCACAAGUUCAGAUAGCUAACUCACUGCCUAUACAGGGUCUAAUUCCAAAUCCUAGUCCAAACACAAACAGUAUUAUGACUGGCCAGUCCAAUCUUACACCAAAUAUUGUACAUACUCAAAAUGCAGUGAUUCAAAAUCCCAAUGUUGUGAAUUUAAACGUUGCUCAUGUGUUGUGUAAUAACUCUCAAAAUAUGGGACAGCAAGGUGUUCAAACAGUUCCAGUUACAAUGCAGAAUCCUAUGAAUAUUCAAGGAACAAUCAUACAGACUGCCCAGGGAAAGAGUAUAUUGAUUCCAAACAACCAACUUCAGGGACAGCAAAUAAACUUGGCUGGUAUGCAGAAUAUUGUGCAAUCCAACCAAGUUGGACAACCCAUCAUUCAGAAUCAGCAAAAUUUAGGAAAUGUGAUUAGAUUAGCACCACAGCAAGAUAAACCACAGACUGCCCAACCCAAUUACAGCUUUGUCAACUUGGGAGGUGGUCAGGGUCAGCAGAUACUUAUUCAAAGGGCACAAGUACCUGGUCAGCCUCAAAAUAUAAUUCUGAGAAGUGUUCAGCCAAAUAUAAUAUUCCAACAACCUGGUCAAACAGCACAAGCUAUCCAGCCCCAACAAAUUCAGCAGCAAAUCAUUGGUCAGCCUUCUGGACAAAACUUGCAGUUUCAGCAAGUAUUAGCUGGUGGACAACAAAUGAAGAUUGUAACUCCAAGUGGUCAGCUGGCACAACAACCUGGGGCCGUUACAUUAAAUUUGGCUGGACAAAAUCUUAAUCUUCAACAGCUUGCUAACUUUAAUUCAAACAACUUGCAAGGGGUUCAGAUGGGAUCUAGUGGUCAGUUUAUCAUCCAACAACCCACUCAACAGCAACAACAAAUGCAACAGUCAGUGCAAAUUUCCAGCUCUGUUAAAACUAACACAAAAGUUUCAUCAUCGGUAUCAUCAAACCAAGCCAUUGACCCUCUGACACAAGCUCUGAGUUUAUCUGGAAUAACUGAAAAUGGAUCGACUUUUAGUGACCCUAGUCCAACUCCUACACCAACACCACCACCUGUUGAAGUUAAAAAACCUUCAAAAUCAAAAUCAAAGAAACAAGCUCAGCAGGUGACUUCUGUAUCUAGCACAUCUCAACCUGCAUCCCAAUUUCCACACAUUUUGGAAAAAACGUCCAACAUUGCUGGUUUAGAUAGUGGUAUUGGUUCUCUUAGUACUGCUCAGAGCACCAUUGUAACAACUACCAUUUCUCAGUCUUUUGUUCAGACAUCAAAUUCUUUAACUAUGGCAUCUACAUCUUUGGGAGGGCAGGUGAUGAGUAGUGUUUCACAACCCACCUUUAUUCAGAGUAACCAAUUUCAAUCCUCAAAUUUGAAUCAAGUGGUCACUUUGAGCCAGUCGGGAUCAACAGUUGUUCAGCAACAGCAGAAUGUUGUCAUCCAGCAAACAACAAAUACCAGUCAACAUCUCCAGAGAAUAGAAACAGACAUAAAGAGACUGAUGGGCUUGAAAUCAAUGACAAUGGAGCAAAAGCAACAACUUCAGAGAUUAAGUAUGCUGAAACAGAAACUUAUGAAUUCCAAUCAGAAUCAGAUGAAGAAUUCUUCUGUUGUCCAACAACAACAGAUCUUACCAAUGGUUGGUCAACCACCAAUAGCUCAAAUGACCCAGUCACAAACAGCACCAUCUCCAGUUGUUCAAGUGUCUCCAGCUGUCCAGCAAGUCACACCAGUCAAACAUGUCCUCCAACCAGUCCAAAAUCUUCAGUCAAUAGACAACUCUGGCUUCCAACUUCAGUCUACCAAUAAUGCUGUUCAGUUUUCUGUUGCACAGCCACAACUAUCUUCUAAUCUUGUAACAUCAAACAUACCUGCUUCAAAGAAUCUGGUACAAAUACAACCAGCUCAUGGUGUGGCUGCUCCACGUCCAAUAAUGUCAACUGGUACUCCUGUAGCUAGUGCACCCACUGGUAAACUGCCAAUACCUGCUAAUGCUACUCUUGCUGUCCCUACUCAAAUAAAGAUUGGUAAUCAGCUCUUGACUUUAAACUUGACACCACAACAGAAGGACAAACUUCAAUUGAGCUUAUCAAAGAUGACAAUAGAGCAACAAGAACAAUUUUUGAAGCAUCAGUCAACACUGAAAUUACAACAGAAACAACAACAGAUUCAAGCAUUACAGGCAGCUGCUGCUCAACAACAAGUUCAAAAAGUUAACAUUGUUGUUGGACAAAGUGGUUCCAAAAUUCCUUUGGCAGUUCAGCAAGUGUCUGGAACACCCAUUAAAUCUGAGGUUAUUGGUCAACAACCACAAUCCACUACCCCUGUAGCUGCUAAUAGGGUUAAAAUGGUUGCACCAGAAAUACCUAAAGCAUCAUUAAUUCAUCAACAAAUGAGCAAAGAUCAACAAAAUGCUGUAGCCCCAGAUACAAAGACACCGUUUAAGAAUUCUCGUGAAGCUUGUCGUAGAUUAUUGAGGUAUCAUGUGUUUCAAUGGUCUGGUCCAUCACAGGAGGAACAUGAUAAAGCUGAGCAUAUGAUGGAGUUAAGAGCACAAGAUUUAUUAAAUAAAAGUAGAAGUAUGAUGGAUAAAUAUAGACUUCUACUACUGAAUGAUAGUAUGAGAGAAAAACCAUCAGCUGAAAUGGUGAUGAUACAGAGAAUGUUACACCAAGAUUUAACUGCUUGUAUUAAAGAAGAUAAGAGGAAGGUGGAAGAAGAUCCAGAAUCAUUUGAACCUAUGCCAAUGAAAUAUUUGAAGUCCAAGGAUUCUAAGUCAGAUGAAAGUUUUGAUGAAGAUAAAGUAGUUAAGAAGGAAUCAAGUUUUGAAGAUGAAAGUAGUGUAAGAGACACGUCUGAUGAGUCGGAACCUAGUAUAGUGGUGCCUGAUAUUAAACAGGAGGAACCAGUGUUUAAAAACUCGCCGUCAAGUGGAACUAUGAAGUUACUGAUCAGAAAACAUAGUCAAGGUUUUGUGAGUAGUUUAGCUAAUGAAGAUUCUGGAAGUGAGAAAGCCAACUCUCCUUUGGUGUCUAUAAAAUCUGAACCAGUGGACUGUGAAUAUAUGGAAAGUAAUAAUGGAGGUGAUUCUCUAAUAUCUAAAACAUCUUCCUCAGUGUUCCGUGCUUCAUUGAAAACUAAAAUUAAACUGGAAAAUUCGGAUGUGAAAAAUCCAUUACAUAUUGACAUCAGUGGGGAGGGUACAGACUCCUCAGAUCCUCAUCAUGACACUUCAUUUCAGCAUUCAGAUGAAUCAUAUGAAGACUAUAAAGAUAGUGUUUUAAUAAGUCGCGACAUGACUAAUAUGCCCCAUACUGACAUCAGUGAUGUUAGUAUGGUGGAAGACCUUGAUCAUUCUAUAUCACCUGUGAUACCUUCUCAUCGACAUUCAGACGAAUCAAAAACAUUAAAUAGUAUGACAAUAAAUAUGGGUGAAAACUUGACACAAAGUUUAUGCAAUGAUCAGUCGGGGCGUGAUCGUGGUGAUAUUGUGGACUCUGUUGAAAGUGCCACCUAUAGUUCUGAAAGUCCUGCAUAUCAAGCUAGUUUAGGAUUAUCAGGGCUUCACGGUGAGGAGGAAAGUGCAAUGAUAUCUGAUUCAUACCCCUCGACUAUAAUUCAAUCUAACAGUGAUUUAAAUAGUAUUAUAUCUACGACAGAGACGUAUACAACCUCCGAACAUUUUACUAACUCUCAAACAUCUCAAGAAUUCUUGUCUGUAAAUCCAAAUGAAAUUCAGUCCAUUUCUCAAUCCAGUGCAUCAUAUCAACGUCAAAUAUCAUCAACAGAAUUGUCUGAUUUUGACCAAUCAGAACACGACAAUUUUAAUACGUCAUUUAGUUCAGACAAUGUAGCUGAUCAACCCAAUGCCUUGUUAAGCAAUCAAAUGCAGAGUGCUAUUGAUAGCAUCUUAGACAACGAAGAGGAUACUGAAGAUUAUAUUGCUGGUCAAUCGAACUCUUAUAAUAGUCAGGAAGUGAGUGAAGAGGAGGAGGAAGAUGAGGACAGCUAUUCCUCCUCUCGUGGUGAAGAAGAACAUAGGAAGGGAAAUAACUCUGAUGAAGAGGAUGAGACUGAUUUAGAUGCUGCUGUUAAUAGUAUUUUGAUGUGA